CGACGAUGAGCACUGCGACGUUUUUCAGGUGAUGACUUUGCUCGCGUUGCCGGGGAGAGCAAAAUCGCCUGAUAAAGUUUCGAAAAUUUAAGCUUAAAAAGGCGGACAAAAUCCUCCGUCGCUACCAAAUGUCCCAGCGCUUGAAUCAACAACAAAAGAGCAACAAUCGUUGAACAAUUAGAGAGAGAUGUCGUUUCAGAAGACCAGCAAGGAGCACGCGCCAAUCCGUGAGAGAAUGGAGGCACUUGUUCGCCGUAAACAGCAGGAGAUCACCAAGGGCUUGGAGACCCUGGAGCCGGAGGACGUCUCGUGUGUGAUUGAGAACGGUAAGACGUUUGAGAAGGGCGGUGUCAAUGUGUCUGUUGUGUACGGAUCGCUUCCUCCAAAGGCUGUUGACAGAAUGAGGGCUGAUCACAAGAACUUGCAGACUCAGGAGGAUGGGAACGUGCCCUUCUACGCAUGCGGCCUCAGUAUGGUUAUUCACCCACACAACCCUCAUGCUCCAACAACCCACCUGAACUACCGUUACUUUGAGACAUGGAACCCGGAUGGCACUCCACAGACCUGGUGGUUUGGUGGUGGUGCGGACUUGACGCCUUCGUACUUGUAUGAAGAGGAUGCGAAGCUGUUCCACAAGUGUCACAAGGACGCACUGGACAAGCACGACACGGCCCUGUAUCCAAAGUACAAGAAGUGGUGUGACGAGUACUUCUACAUCAACCAUAGAAACGAGACACGUGGUAUCGGUGGUAUCUUCUUUGAUGACUUUGACGACAGAGAUCCAGAGGAGAUCCUCAAGAUUGUCGAGGACUGCUUUGAUGCCUUCCUGCCAUCCUAUGUCCCAACCAUAGCAAAGAGAAAAGACCAGCCAUUCACACAGGAGGAGAAGUACUGGCAACAGCUGAGAAGAGGAAGAUACGUUGAAUUCAACUUGGUUUUGGAUAGAGGUACACAAUUCGGCUUACAAACCCCAGGUUCAAGAGUUGAAAGUAUCUUGAUGUCACUACCAGCCACUGCAGGCUGGAAGUACGACCACCAUCCAGAAAAGGGCUCCAGAGAAGAGCAGCUGCUGGAGGUGCUACAAAACCCUAGAGAAUGGACUGAUUAACUCUAGCUUCUUGUACAUACAUGAGAGCAAACACACGC